AUGUAUUGCGAUGAGAGUGGAAUCGGAGUCGGAGAGCCAUGUAUAUGCCCAUUACCAUCAGCGGAAUAUGUUCCAACCGGCAACUACCUUCUUUCCCGGCCUCUGCCCUAUAUAAACCAGUGGCACCGGCCCUCUUCUUCCCCACAACACACACAGCCAGCACCUGCAGCUGCGUCCCACUGCAAAUCCUCCAACUCCACUUCCUUCUUGUGGCGUCUCUCUCCGGCCGGCAUCAGCCUACCUCGCUCCAAUUACACCAACCGUCACCCCCACCGUGUCUCUCUCCAUUUCGCCAUGCCUAACUCGCUGCUCGACUCGCCGCCGCAGCUCCCUGCCGCCGGCCCUUGGGGCUCUCUGUUCGCCGUUCAGGAACCCGGGAAGCCUCGGCGUGUGUCGGUGGCGCUACCGUUCGCUCCCAGGAAGAUGCCGGCGUACCGGUACGGCAUGACGCGGAACCUGGAGAUGUGCACCGAGGCGCUCGGGUGCGAGACCGGUGGCGUCGACCCAGCCGCUGACGACGCCGACGAGGGCGUGGAGCGGAAGAGGAAAUACAGAGAGGAGGAGACCAAGGUGGAGCCGACGGAGCCGAGGGCGCGCGUGCUGCCGCCGCCGCUGACGACGCUGGCGGCUGGCGCGACCCGCAUGCGCAUGGUCCACGAGCGGCGCGGCGGGCGGCUGGAGGUGUACGCCGUGCGGACCUCCGGAAUGGAGGCCGAGCGGAGCGGCGGGCGUCUUCGGCUCCGCCUCCUGCCCUGCGCCGGCUGCAAUGCCGCCGCCGCGUGCAGCAGCCAACAAGAAGCGCAAGAAGCAGAGGAAGAUGAGGCAGAGGAGGUCGAUCAGCAGCAGCAGCAGCAGCAGGCGUGCGUGGUCCCCAAGUACGUGCGCCGCGAGCGGUGCCUGAAGGUGGAGAGUGGCGCCACGGCGGCGAGGUGCAGCAUCAAAUGGGAGCAGGAGCAGGCUGCCGCCUUCUGGGUGGCCACCACCUGA